AUGGCAGAGCGGUGUUCUCGCCCUCCGAGCAUUUUGUUGGAGCCGCCACCGAAAGGGGUUGAGCUGGAUGACCCUGGGGCUCAACCAUCUUCGUGCGAAAGUGAAGAUGAACACUUUUCUGACGCUUCUGAAGGCAUCGCAACCCAUCUCCGUUCUCAAACGCCGUCACCAAUACCCCGGACCCGCGUAGAGAAGAUCGAUGAUUCUCCAAGCUACGGAGAGGUUCCUGGCUCCCCUGCAUACGAAAAAAGGGUAUUAGAUGCUGUUCCGGAUGAGAUCGAGAUUAUCGGCAGCAGACUACCCAGCAGACCGCAGUCAAGUGCGAGCAUAAGAGCUGCCUUGCCCCCAAACUUGGCUCCUGCUCCACGGACUGUUGUCGAGAAAAUCGACCCAACCUCACCGAGCUACGGAGAAGAACCAGGGACACUUGCUUAUGAAUCCCAUAAAGCAGAUUCUGCACCGGAUGUGAUACUAAAAAUCCAAGAACAGACACCUCAAACUUGCAUCACAUCACAAAAUCGACGGCGGGAUAGCGGCAGUGAGGGAAGUCCAGUUCCGGAAACCGUACUUUCCCGGGUCGAAUCUCCACCUGAAAACAAUUCGCGACGAUUAUUUAACGCACACAGAAGAAGCCCUAGUGAUGCACUUCCAGAUGUCAUUCAGACAAUUCCUGACGUUCCAGAUGAUGACCAAGGCUUUGGUGAUGAUUUUUAUGAUUUCGAAGAAGGAGAAGGAACCAUUGAAGAGGACGAUUUCGGUGAUUUUGGGGAGGCUGAAUUUCCACAACCAAUGGAGAUUACCAAUGAGAGUACGGCUCAAAUUAACGGUGUCCCCAUGCAACAACCUCCAUCUCCCUCGCUUCCGCCGCUUUUAGAUUUCGAAUCUAUAAAAAACCUCCCGGAUCUUCUCGCAGCAACAUCCAGUCACCUCGAUGCUAUAUUACCCGGUUCCGCAAAUCUUCCAUCUCUCCCUCCCAUUCCGCCCAUCCCAGACUCCUCUGCCAUAUUCAUUACCGAACGUUCUCUUUCACUAUGGUCACAACUUGUCUCCCCAUCCCCUCUCCAACCCGCCAAUUGGACAAAAUCCCGUAUCCGCCGUGUCUUCCUCGUCUCCCUAGGUGUCCCCGUUGACCUAGACGAGAUCCUCCCCGCCUCGAAACAGAAAAAGCUUGUCCUACCUUCGAUAAAUCUCGAGGGUAAUUCUUCAUCCUCCUCUAACAUAGCCGCCGGCGGUCUGUCCUCCACUAGUAACGCAAAAAAGGACUACCAAGGACACUCCUCUACCCUUCUUGACUCAGCUCGCUCCACAUCAAGCAGCCGUCCGCCGCGACGUCGUGGUCUCGAACCCCCCCCGGAACUAGAUCUCUCAGCCGUCCGUCGCUUAUGCGCCACCACAGAUGCAGCACUGGAUAACUUCACUGACGAUGAACUGGGACAGCACAUAGCACAACUGGAGAGGAUGGCCGUACGCGCCAGCGAGGUAUUGGAAUACUGGUUAAAACGUCGCGACGCGCAAAUUGGCGAGAAAGAGGCGUUUGAGGGUGUUAUUGAGAACUUGGUCAAACACGCCAGGCAGGUGAGGAAGUAA